AAAUUUGGUCGUAACUGAGGUCUGGGGUAUAAGGACUGCUUGGAUCGUUGAUAAAAUCGGCUUAUAGUCGCUAACAUCGAAAAGGAACUAGAUGAUACACAGGACCCACUUGGAUUUCAAGCCGCAUAUCUGAUUGGUGAAUUAUUUCCAGUUAAGCCUUUUUAAGGUUGUUCCCAGCUGGGUCACGUGUAAAUAAGCUUAAGUCCAUCUUCAAAUCUUCUCGAACAAGCAUAUUGCUUCAUAUAUCCACAAAGUCAUACUUCAUGGGGACGCGAGAUAUCAUAGCAUCUCAACGCUUCAUGAUGGUAUUUCGCAGAUUAGUGGGAAGUAGAUAGCUAUUUCUCACGAUAUCCAUUCCAAAUGGCUAGCUCAAGGCAACCUGCUAGAUAUCCUGGUAUCAAAACCCUUCACUCUGUAUUACUAGGUAUUAGUUACCGCCGUUUAUACAUUUGUCCAAAUGGAGCUGUCUUCCUUUACAGAUACCAGUCUCAACUGGAAUGUUCUGCCGCCCGCUUGAUGGAAGACCUCGAUAUCUGCGGUACCUCAUCAUUUAGUGCCUGGCUAGCUAAUGGCUAAAAUAAGGGUAUAAAAGGGCGUUCUUCCGCCCUUUCUCUUAAUUUCUUCUUCUUCUUCUUACUUCAUAAUUGUCACGCGCCUGCUCCCGAAGGCUAACAUCAUAUCCAACUACUUUAACUUGUUAUCAACCAUAACAAACACCGGGCAAUCUCGCUUAUAGGAUACUGAUAUCUUCCUCACUACCAUACUGAAUACCCAUAACUUAGCCUUUAACGGCUCUUCCGGGUAGCUACAACUACAUAUUUCCUGUGAAUAAUCCCACCAAUCGCGAAGGCUUGUGCCAGACUAUUUACGAUUCAAUUUACUAUUAUCUCACUGAUCUCUCACAUUAAUUGUGAAGAUUGGCACUGAAGAUACUUGUCACACUGGAAUUUCUCGAUUAAUUCCUCUCUUUUUUCAACUUUUAUAACUUGCCCCACUUCUGAUUCUUGGAAGACUUCAGAAUUUAUUCACCAUAAUCAACCUCGACUUUUCUUUCCCCACUCCCAAUUUUUCCAUCUAGUGGGCCUUUUAUACAUCUCUUGGGGGUUAAAGUUGCCUCUGUGUGAUAGUCACUUUCGCCUUCUGACAAUAUACACCACUAGGCUCUGCUUCCUUAUCUCCUUAAGAGAAUAACUACACAUCUACCCCCAGUCACACUCUAGCGUCCCGCUUUCAACGUCUCAGCCAUGGAUAUGAACGCUCCUGAAAACAAUGUCUAUAACGAGGACAUUGUCUUUAAUAAAGACUUUGAGCUUUUGACCCCUCUUUUCCAGUCCGAUGCUUCAUUUGCAGCCGGAGGAAAUCAAGUAAUGGGAGACAUAUCUCCUGUCUCAAAGCCAACGGACGUCACGGACUCGGUAGCCUCGUCUCUUACGCGGGCAUCUGACAAUUAUGUUGCGAAAUAUAGUAAUUUAGAGAAUGGGGGAAAAGGUGAAGAUCCCAAAAAUUGCUCUGGCGAUAUGCCUCCCUCUCAAUUUUCCGACAUGAUGUGGGUAGAGCUAGAGAAGGAAUUGGACAGUAGCGAACUGGACGAACAUUCGGAGUAAGUAUAACCAUGGCCUGCCGUAUUAACAGACCUUCUGAUUUGCUUAAUAAAAUAAAGAAAAACCAAGUUCGAAGAGGCAAAGGCAGCAUUUGAAGCAGAAAUGAAUCCCAGCCUAGAAGCUCAAAUUCGAUUUGAGAAGGCAAAAGAAAAAGAAUGCUUGCGGCUUUCGAGAGUACAACUGCGAGAAGCAUUAAUUCAACAAGAGCGCAAUAUACAGCAUGGUUGUAUUAAUGGUAAUGAGACUGAGGAUGUCAGGAUUUCAAUGGCUCAAGGAGGCGAAAACCAGAAACCUGGUAAAGAAAAUGACUUUGACCUUUUUUAUCCUGAAAAUAAUGCAGCUCCUGCGGAAGAAUUACAUCGGUGUACAUCUCCCAGUAAUGAGGAGAGUAUACCAGUGUUUGUAUGGGAACGCACUCAAACGUCGAAAGAGUCGACUAAACCAAAGAACCGGUCACGUCAAAAUAGAGUAUCAAAAAAGGUAAGGAAAACAAAUGACAAAGUCAAGGAGACAAAGAAGGUAAUUUUAACAUCAUAACAAAUUUUUUAUGAUAUGGACAAAUCUAAUGGUGAUCAAAGCGCAAUAAUACCCCAAGGCGCAAUUCAAAUAAGUCUAUCAAAUUCAAAAAAAAUUCUACAAACAGAGGACCUACGAGUCUCAACUUUGACAGCUUAUUUACUUCCAACAUUAUUGAGAAUGCAAAGCGGAAUACCAAGAAGAUGGCAAUACCAGAGUCUACGUCAAGAAAUAAAAAGAAGGCAAUGAGAGAAAUCAUGGCCAGUAUUCCAACUGACGAUGACAUUGAUAUGCGAAGCAUGUCCCAACAUAAAAAGGCCAUCAUGAAUUCGGUAAUGAAAUUCACAAAACGUCCUCGGGUUGACAAUAAGGGCGGCUGGAAGCAUAUUAACAUGACGACAAGUCUAUUCCAUUAUCAGGUAUACCCCAAAACCUGACGUCCAAUAUUUAAUAACUUAGCUAACAUUAUCAAAGCUUCUUGGGGUUGGAUUCAUGGUAGUUCCUCCAUUAUAUCAUGCUUCAACACAAAUACUAACAAACAUAGCGUGACCGUGAAAACUCAUCUGCUGCCCCCAAGGGUGGCUUCCUAUGUGACGAGAUGGGCUUUGGUAAAACAAUACAGGCAAUCGGUUAGUCUUGAUGAUACUUCCUUUCUCAAUACAUACGCAUUAACUUCUCUCAAUAGCAAAUAUGGUGGACGGAAAGGCAGUCGGAGACAGAAAAGAACCGACAAUUACAUUGAUAGUUGCGCCAACGCAUUUGAUUGAGCAUUGGUACACUAGAUUCCUAAUAUGAAAGCUCCGCCAGACACUCUACUUACAAGCAACGCAGGAAAGAUGAGAUACUAAAACACGUUAAAAAAGGUGUGCUGGGAUAUAUCUUUGUUUACCACGGAGCUCAGAAGCUAGAUUUGAAACUUGCCAUAGAGUCGGGAGGAACCCAAGGAAUGGGGGU